AUGACAACAUUUCUAUUGGCUUUGCUAGCAUGUCUAGCAUUAUUUUGUACAACUUAUGGUCUCGACGCCAAAGAUGAUUAUUUAUAUGUUAAUAUCACAAUACUCCAAAGCGCAACUGUUCAAGGCGCAGUAUGCCUAGAUGGAAGUCCACCAGCAUAUCAUUUGGAUAGGGGACAUGCUACCGGACUUAACAACUGGAUUAUAUACUUGGAUGGAGGUAGUUGGUGCGACAGUAUCCCAGAUUGUCUUGAUCGUUCAACUAAGUUAUUAGGUUCUUCCAACCAUAUGAAACAACGAGGUUUUUUCGCCGGUAUACUUCAUAAUACUUCUAAACAGAAUCCAGAGUUUUACAAUUGGAACAGGGUGAGGGUGAAGUAUUGUGAUGGUUCAUCUUUCACCGGUGAUGUUGAACAAGUUCACCCUGAGAACAAGUUAUAUUUUAGAGGAGCAAGAAUAUUUAAGGCUAUUAUGGAAGAUUUAUGGAGCAAAGGAAUGAAAAAUGCUGAAAAUGCAAUUCUCUCAGGAACAUCAGCAGGAGGGUUGGCAACAAUCUUGAACUGUGACAAGUUCAAAUGCCUCCUUCCAGAGAGUGCCAGAGUUAAAUGUGUCGCAGAUGCUGCCUUCUUCAUCAAUAGGAAGACAAUCUAUGGUACUUCAUAUAUUCAAGAGAUGUAUCAAAAAAUUGUUAAUCUACAUGGAUCGGCUAAGAAUUUGCCGUCAGCUUGCACUUCUGUAAUGGAACCAAGUCUUUGUUUUUUCCCUCAAAAUGUUGUUCCAUACAUUCAGACUCCACUUUUCAUAAUCAAUUCAAUUUAUGACUCUUGGCAGAUUAAUAACACUUUGGUUCCUCUAUACCUUGAUCCUCAACAUGCCUGGAAGGACUGCAUCAAUAACAUAAGUAGAUGCACAUCCAAACAACGUAUACUUAUUCAAGCUUUUGGAGUGAAGUUCUUGAAGACAUUCGACGGACUACCUCCUUGUUGUACAAGAGGUUAUUUCCUCACGUCUUGCUAUUCUCAUGGCGAUCUUCGUUUCCCGACAUACUGGUUCAGUACUAGCUCUCCAAGGCUACUUAAUAAGACAAUUGCAGAAGUUGUUGCGGAUUGGUACUUUGAAAGAGCAGGGUUUCAACAUAAAGACCCGUACCCUUGUGCUAGAGAUUGCAAUAAACCUGAUACCUUUGAAAGUUAUCAUUAUUCUGGUUUGGCGAAAUACAUAAGUAGCCCCUUUAAGUUGUCCGGUUAUUUCUUACAGGAAGAAAAGGCCAGUGGUGUUGGUGGUGGCAGUGGAAGAAGAGGUGACAGUCGUAUUGGCUAUGGUGAAGGAGGAGGAGAAGUAGAAAAAUAUGGUGAAGAGGAGGAGGUGAUAGUAAGAGUGGAGGAGGGAGAAAAUUGUGGUGGUGAUGGAGCAGGAGGUGACGAUUGUAGCGGAGGAGAUGAUGAAAACGGCGGUGACGGUAGAAGGGGUAAGAAUGACAUUAGCGAUAGAGGAGUGUAA